UCUGUACGUUCUAGUCUAACAUCGACACAGCGACUUCAAUUCCAAAACAACAUUUGCCGUCCGUCACCGAGAAUGUCACCAACGGAAGCUGCCUCAAAGCAAUGACCAACUCGCAUUCCGGCGAGUGCAAUAUCACGAAACCGUCCAGCUAUCCAACAAACAACAUUUUGUGCAAUGGUGUUAGUGGUGCUGCUACAGUUUUCAGUGUCGAUGAGAGGGCGUUGCUGUCAUCCGAGACUUCGGUUGCAACCCCUUCCUUAACCUCAAUAGCAUCGCCACUAAAUCUAGACAACAACAAUAAGUUGAAAAUUCAAGCCAAUCUGUCCAACAACUCCGUCCAAGAGAACUUUACACGUCCUAAUGGUUCUGUCACGAAGAUGACUUUGAAAAACAAUCACUUGAUCGUUGAGACUGAAGAGCGACACGUAAGUGCUCGAUGUUGAACAUUGAACGUUGAACGUUGAAAGUUAUUUGGUGUUGAGUGUUGAGUGUUAAGUGCUCAGUAUUGGGCACUUUUAAAUGCAGUUGUUGGUGUUGUUGUCGUUGUGCUUGUGUUUAGGUGAUGGGCGAAAAUAAGGA